AUGGGGUGCCAUUUGGAAUGCUGGCUAUGUGCUUCCCUGUCCCCUCGGGUGUUUGGUCUGCUGGUAUGGAUGCUGAUAGCGGGGACAAACUACUUCCGUUCUGCCUUUGGGUGGGUCAUGUUUGUGGCCAUCUUGUACUGGGUCCUGACAGUCAUCUUCCUUAUCAUCUACCUGACCAUGGCUUACAACAGGAUCCCUCAGGUCCCCUGGACAGUUGUGGGCCUGUUCUUCAACAGUAGUGCUACAGUGAUGUAUGUGGUGGCAGCAGCAGUGGAUGCAGCCUCAAUCAGCCAUGCUGUUAAAGGGCGCCAUAACUACAACUGCUGGGUAGCAUCCACGUUCUUUGCCUUCCUGGUCACGCUCUGCUAUGCAGGAAGUACGUAUAUAAGUUUUAAAUCGUGGCAAUCGAGGGAUGAGGAACAAUAACCAAUCACAAAGGAAAGCUAAAGUA